AUGAGGAUUGAAAAUGCGAUGAGAAGAGAUCCACAGAGAAAACACACAAUAACAAAAAUUGCAAUUUUUUUUUUAAUGUCUAAGAAGCAAAGUGCAACCCUAUCCUCUUUAACUCCAACUUUAUCGCCAACAACAAUGCUGACUGAGGGCCAAGAUAUAUUCAAAGAUGUACUUCCAAAGCUAAUGGGGACUAUACGUUCAGCUACUGCAUUGGCUGCUCAAGAUGUGAAUUUUUACAAAUCAGUUGAUUCAAACAUUAGUGAAGAAAUUGAUAAACGAGGGAGGAAUCUUUUAACCAUUACAAAUGACUUACUAAGAACCGCGUCUUCUCAAACAAACCCAGUGGAUCCAAUACUUUUUGGUCAGGAAAACAUAUCAAGUGAGUCCUCUUGGAAUCCUGUGAGUAACGUGAUUGAUUCGAUAUUUGAAAAGAUUGAUUAUACAUUUGAUCAAAUAAAUAAGAAGCAAGCUGGUGGAGAGCAAAAGCAAUACCUUGAAGAUGGAAAUAGUCUGAUAUCGAAUGAGCAAACUCAAAGGAUAGAGAAGCCACAAUUAAAAUUUAAAGUACCGGUCGACAACUCAGAACAAGAACCAUUCAAACCCAAAAUCACGAGUAAACCCAACGCACUACAACCAUUUGAGUCAGUCAACAAGCUCACCAACCCAGCACCAGUUUAUGAGGAUUCAAUUGAAGUGGUGGACCCUCCUUACUAUGCACAUCCAUAUGAGUACGAAAUUGAUACACAGCCAUAUCCUGAUUCCAUUUUGGAAGAGUCCGAGCCAAUCCCUCCAAAUGAUUGGAGCAGCACAAGUGCAAUCUGGGUUGAUACAGUAGAUGGUUUGAAUGAAAUGAUAAAAGAAUUGCUGCAACUGUCUGAAAUAGCAGUAGAUUUGGAGCAUCAUGAUUAUAGAUCAUAUUAUGGUAUCGUUUGCUUAAUGCAAAUCUCAAAUCGUGAAAAAGAUUGGAUUAUAGAUACAUUGGUAUUGAGAGGUGACUUGUCGGCGUUGAACAAAAUUUUCACCGACCCCAAAAUUAUCAAAGUGCUUCAUGGUGCAUUUAUGGAUAUAAUAUGGUUACAAAGGGAUCUAGGCUUGUACAUUGUCUCUUUAUUUGACACGUAUCAUGCAUCAAGACAAUUGGGAUUCUCCAAGUUUUCCUUACAAUACUUGCUCGAUACUUUUGCUCAUUUUAGAACUUCCAAGAAAUACCAAUUGGCAGAUUGGAGAAUAAGGCCAUUACCAAAACCAAUGUUAGCUUACGCAAGGUCAGAUACUCAUUUCUUGCUAUACAUUUUUGAUCAACUUCGCAAUAAAUUGAUUGAUAGCGAUAAACUUGCACGCGUAUUGUUUGAUUCAAGGCAAGUAGCUAAGAGAAGAUUUGAAUACACCAAAUUCAGACCAUUGUCUUCUAAUCUUGGAAGUAAAGUUUCAUGUCCUGUCAUGGCAGCUAAUCCAAAUGAACCAUGGGGAUCACUCAUGUAUCAAUACAAUGUACCAGCUUUUAAAAGACCAGUAGUGGAGCAGUUGUAUAAAUGGAGAGAUUUGAUUGCAAGACAGGAGGACGAGUCGGUGAGAUACAUCAUGCCAAACCAAUUACUAGUCUCUUUGGCCACUUUAGAAUCUCCCGUCGAUGCCGGAAAGGUUCUUAAUGUACCUUCAUACGUCUCCGAACAUGUUCGGUUGAAUGCACGGGAGUUGGCAGAAUUGAUUGAUCAAACCUUGAAAGAGAGUGAGCAGAAUGAUUGGGCAAUUGUUGACAAAUGGAACAACCAGUCAACUGUUCAAGUAGAGGAGCAGAAAGUGGAUAUAGAAGCCGUCAAUGGAUUGUUGGAUCAGUUGUUGCAGAACUCGGCUAAAUUAUUUACUGAGGAUUCUCUAUUAAAUAAUAAUUCAUCAGUAGCUAUUCCGGGUGUCAUGGAGGUACGAAAUCAAACCUAUGAGUUUACUGACAAAGGCAUCAAGAAACAUGAUUUUGAUGAAGAAGGCAAGAAGCGUGUCAAUCUUGUGUGGCAGAAAUUGUGCGAGAUAGAUGGUGUCGCAUCGAUACCAGAUGGAGAAUUGGAAAUGGAUUCAGAAGAAGAGCCCAGCGAGCUUACUGAACUUCCGGAAGCAAGCUCUUCCAAUGAGAAACUCAAAACUGGUCAACAAAUAUUGUUCAGUAAGGAUGAUGAUAUCAAUCCCGAAGAGUUGAUCGCGCUCCGUAAAACCAACAAAAAGGAUAAAAAGAAAAGUAAUCAGUUGGCUCAAGAAGAUGAAUCAAGUAUAGAUUAUGCCAAUGCUGAUAAAAUUCUCAUUGAUCCGAAAAAGAAUGAUAAGAAAAAGAAGAGAUCUUUUGACCCUUAUAGUAAAGAUGCAGCGGGACCAAAACCUGCUAAGAGAAAGAAGGCCAUGGCAGAAGGUAAGACUUCUACAUACAAGCUGAAACAAAGUAGGGUAAAGAAGUAA